UUUUGCCCAACUAUUGAGCAUUUUGAAUUAAAAUCUGAUGAUAAAGUUUCUCAAUUAAAGUCAAUGAACAAAUAUGUGACAGUAUUUUUGCUUGUUUUUACAAAAAAAUUGGCCACAUAGUGCACCAGGGUCAAAAGUGUCUUUUCAUGUCACUGUUUAACACUGUUAGUGCUCAAAAUGAACUAGAGUGUCAUAUUAGGCAACAAAUUCUGACCAAGGGCAAAUAGGGGUUAGGUAGGGUUGGAUAAGGAUUUCUCUCUCCAUUCCCCAAUUCCCCAAUCCAAUAGCGACCGAGGGGUGAGGCCGAUAUGAGCCACCGCCGCCGCCGACCCUUGCCGUUGUCGCCGGAAGUGGCGCAUCCGCUGGAUGACGACGAUCUCCUCCAUGAGAUCAUGCUGCGCCUCCCGCCGCAGCCGCCCCACCUCCUGCGCGCGUCCAUCAUCUCCAAGCGCUGGCGACGCCUCGCCACCGACCGCAAGUUCCUUCGCCGCUUCCGCAUCCACCACCGGAAGCCUCCCCUUCUCGGCGAUUUCUGGGAAGGCAACAAACUCUCAUUCAGAUCCUACCUCGAUCCGCCCUACCGCAUCCCUCCUGGGCGCUUCUCCCUGCGACCCAGAGGCAGCGAGCAAUGGACGUGCCUCGACUGCCGCCAUGGACGCCUACUCUUUGACGACUGGAUAAAGAGUCAGGUAAUUGUGUGGGACCCCAUCACUGAUGACCUCCACAUGGUUCCCUAUCCGCUGCAGUUCCACAAAUCUAGGAUUGUGCUAAUCCAGGGUGGGGCGGUGCUCUGCGCUGCUGUCGACCAGGGCCAUGUUCAUGGCGCCUGCCACUCGAGCCCUUUCAAAGUGGUCGUGCUGAGCAGCUACCCGCACAAAGAUGAAGCUGUCAAUGAAACCAUCACCUUCGCAAGCGUUUACUCUUCGGAGACUGUUGGCAUAUGGAGUGAUCUCGUAUCAACAACACUUCCGUGGAGGGUUAUAAUGUUUCCGAUUCGCAGCACACUUGUUGGUAACACCAUUCACUGGCUGCUUGCAAUGAAUACCACUGGCAUACUUGAGUUUGAUUUGGAUGCACAGAGGCUCGCUGUGACCAAGAUGCCUCUUGGUGCUCCUCCUUGCGAUCACAGUGUUGAGAUAAUCCAGUCAGAGGAUGGCGGUGUUGGCUUCGCUGCAUUGUCUGGCCCUCGCUACUGCCCCUGCUUGCAAAUGUGGGACAGGAAGGUCGAUCCUCAUGGAGUUAUUACAUGGGUGUUGCGGAAGACGUUUGAACUGCAGAAGAUUCUUGGAUUGCAAUCUAGGAUUGAGAAUGACAAAUUAUCCAUGCUACACUAUCUGGAUGAUGUUCAUGCCAUCUUUUUACGGGUGCAGUCAUCUGUCUACAUGGUUCAGCUUGAAUCCAUGCAGUCUAAGGAACUUGGCAAAAGCAUCCAUAGUUGCGUCUAUCUGCCUUUCACAAGUUUCUAUACCGAAGGCCAAGGCAAGCAGGUUGCUAGAGCUAGUGCGUUCCCCCCGAUAAAAAGAAAAGGAAAAGGCGUGUUUACCAGUUCGAAGCAGAAGCAGCUCAUCACUGGAUGAUGUGCAGCCUGGGAUGCGACUGAAAUCCGCUUAUGUCUAUGUUUAUGGCUACAUCUACUGUAGCUGUCUCGCCGAAAUCAUCGACAAUGUUGAACUGUGGUGUAGUACUUUACGUGUCUGUCUAAUGGAGUAGUAUGUACUUGUCAACUGAAGUCUAAAAUAUUUGGGUUAAAUAAGGCAGUGUUGGCCUUGAUAAUUGAUUGUAAUCCACCGCCA